UGGCACCUACAUUUUUCAUUUCUUACUUGUUCUCGGGUGUUGUUCCCUCUCUAAUUGCUCUUUUUUUCUCGGUUCUUCAUCCACCUCUUUUCAAUUAAGACUAGUAAACCAUGCUUAAUGGGAGGAGGCUAUGCUUACGCAAUUUGGUUGAAUCUGUAAGAGUUGGUUCUUCCUUAUUCAAGGUUCGACGUGGCUAUAACAGCGUAGCAGCAGCUCAGGCAGUAUCUUCUCAGUCAUUGGCUAGUGAUGCUGAAUGCGCUGCUGAUGUGGACUGGGAAAAUCUCGGAUUCAAUCCAAGGCCAACUGACUACAUGUACAUAAUGAAAUGUGCCAAAGAAGGGAAUUUCGAAGAGGGACAACUAAAUCCCUAUGGAAACAUUGAGUUAAGCCCUUAUGCAGGGGUACUGAAUUAUGGUCAGGGAUUGUUGGAAGGCAUAAAAGCAUAUAGGAAAGAAGAUGGGCGGCUUCUUCUGUUCCGUCCAGACCAGAAUGCGAUUCGGAUGAAGAUGGGUGCUGAAAGGAUGUGCAUGCCCUCUCCCUCCGUUGAUCAAUUCGUCCAUGCUGUGAAGCAAACUGUCCUGGCUAAUAAGCGUUGGGUUCCUCCGCCUGGAAAAGGGUCUCUUUACCUUAGGCCUCUGCUAAUGGGAAGCGGUCCUGUACUAGGUGUAGCUCCAGCUCAGGAAUUUACAUUCAUAGUAUUGGCUUCCCCUGUGAGUAACUAUUUCAAGGAUGGUUAUGCGCCAUUGAAUUUGUAUGUUGAGGAUGAGUUUGAUCGUGCAUCUCCUCGUGGGACUGGAAGUGUCAAAACGAUUUCCAAUUAUGCCACUGUGAUGAAAGCCCAAAGCAGAGCAAAGAACAGAGGAUUUUCAGAUGUCUUGUACCUGGACUCCCAGAAUAAGAGAUAUAUAGAGGAGGUAGCUGCUUGUAAUAUUUUCAUUGUAAAGGGCAAUAUGAUUGCAACGCCUGCCAUAAAUGGGACCAUACUAGCAGGAGUUACGCGAAGAUGCAUCAUUGAGAUUGCUCAGGACCAUGGUUACCACGUUGAGGAACGUAGCAUUCCAGUGGAUGAAUUGAUGGAUGCCGAUGAAGUAUUUUGCACUGGAACUGCUGUUGGUGUUGCUUCUGUAGGCAGCAUUACAUACCGCAACAAAAGAGUUGAAUUCAGAACAGGUGCUCAGGCGGUGUGCGCAGAACUCAACACAACCUUGGUUGGGAUUCAAAGGGGUAUCCUGGAGGAUAAGAAUGGCUGGAAUGUUGAUAUUGACUGAGCUCGUUAUCCCUACUUAAUCAGCCAAAACCAUUUUCCUGAGAGUUGUAUCGUGCAUACAAAUAAUCUUCCAAUCAUGUACCCCAAAAAAAAAAGUUAAUAAUAAUAAUAAUAAUAAUCCUCCAAUCAUUUUCUGGCAUUUUACUUUUUGGGUGUGCCUUAUCCAUCUUAUCUUCCACUGCCAUAGAGGAUGAACUGUCCUUGUACUUUUACCCCACAUUAAAAAAAAAAAAAAAAAAAAAAAUCUCUAAUUA